AUGAACUCAUAAGAUCUUGCACUUGAAAAAAUGUCUUGGUCUGCUAGAAGAACAUGCAAUUUAAUUUUCAGAGUACCAAGAUUACUAAAAAGAAGUGAAACUCAACAAAGCAGAUUUUACAAUCAAAAAGUAGCUGUCAAUCUAAGUGAGGAUCCAGAGAGAUGGAAUCUGAUGGGGGCUAUGUACAUAGAACGCAUACCUGUCAUUACCCCGCCCAUGAAGAAGAUUGAGAGGGAAUACAAGGAGUACAGACAACAGCUAGAAAUGGAACAGAGUCUACUUUCAGAUUAUGAAAAUGCCAAGACAGAGGAAGAACACCGGUUAGCUGAGCAGAGAAAGAAUGUAUUAGACACACCACUUCACCUAAGAAAUAUCCCAAUCAUAACCAUGCAGGAUAAAGAGAAUAUAUGGAAUAAAGACUUCACAUCAUUUAAACCAGCAGAUCGUGAGACAGAGGCAGACAAGACAGGCGAUGUGAAGACCGUGGACAGAAAACUUGAUCAGACAUUAGUGCUGGUCGUCAAACAGAAUAUAGGGGGAAAAGAAUUUUGGUACCUACCAGUGAUGCAGCAUGCACAGGGAAUGUCCAUGAGACAGGUUGCAGAAAAAGCCGUAGCAGACACGUGUGGAACAGAUCUAAAAUACAUGUUAUUUGGAAAUGCCCCGAGUGGUUACCAAAUCAAGGAAUACAGGAAAGAGGUGCAGGAAGAAACUAAAUUAAAGGGUUCAAAGAUUUUCAUACACAAGGCAGAAUACAGAGGUGGCUCUGUGAUUCCUAGUGAACAAGUUUUAGACUAUGCAUGGUUAACACCCAGUGAACUUAGAAAGUGUCUUGGUCGUCAAACAGCUAGGAUAUUUAAUAAGUUUAGCAUUUAUUGAAAUAAACCUUUAAACAUAAA